AUGGAGCAACAGCCGAAUAACGGCGUCAGUGAAGCCGGCGCAGCACCCAUACUAGACACCAACGGCGGCGCUUCUGCAAUGAAUCCCGAUGCCAUGGCUGCCAUGAUCAUGUCCACCCAAGGCUUCAUGCCAGACGGCUCUCUCGCGGCCACGGCCAUCACAGAUCCCUCCAUCAUGGCUCCUAUAAUGUUCAACAACGGAAAUCCCGCUGCCGGCCUCGCUUUGCCCGACAGGGCCAUCACAGCAGAUGAAAUCGCCCUCUACGACCGGCAGAUCCGCCUCUGGGGCAUGGCCGCCCAGGCCAAGAUCCAAAGCGCAAACAUCCUCCUCAUCACCAUCAGAGCCCUCGCCAACGAGAUCGCCAAGAACCUCGUCCUCGCCGGCGUCGGCUCCCUCACCGUGCUCGACAACGCCGUCGUCACAGAGGCCGACCUGGGCGCCCAGUUCCUCCUCUCCGAGAUCGAGGACCCCGUUGGCCAGAACCGCGCCGAAGCCGCCAGCGCCGCGCUGCGCAAGCUGAAUCCCCGUGUCCAGAUCCACGUCGACGCAGAAGGGGUCAAGGCCAAAGGGCCCAGCUAUUUCGCCGGCUUCGACAUCGUCAUCACCACGGAUCUCGAUCCCGACUCAUUCAAUCUCAUCAACACGGCCACUCGCCUCAAUGGCAAGGCGUUUUACGCUGCGGGAACACACGGCAUGUAUGGCUUCAUCUUCAGCGAUCUGAUAGAACACGACUACGUCAUUGAGCGCGACCUCGGAAACGUCGCCACAGAGCCCAAGCAGGAAACGCGCACCAGGUCCAUCGUCGACGUCAAGACCAAGAAGGAAGGCCCCAAAGUCAUCGAGUCCGUCACAAAACGGGAGCUCUAUUCCACCUGGUUCCUCGCCAGCGACGUCGCCAGCCUGCCUGAGGAGUACACAAAGUCCAAGCGCCGCCUAAGAAGCGUGUCCCCGACGCUCUCCUGUCUGCGCGCCCUGUGGGAGUUUAUGCAGAUCCAAGGCGGCCGUCUACCAGGCAACCGUGAGGAUCUCAAGCUCUUCACCCAGAUCGCCACGCAGAAGCACAAAGCGCUAAACCUCCCGAGUGAGACGCUCAAGCCCGAGUUCCUGCGCAGCUUCCUGCAGAACCUGGGCAGCGAAAUCGCUCCCGUCACGGCCAUCCUCGGCGGCCAGCUGGCGCAAGACGUCAUCAACGUGCUGGGCCAGAAGCAGCAGCCCAUCCAAAACAUGGUCAUCUUCGACGGCACCACCAUGGAGGCCCUCAUGUACCCCCUGCACCCGGAGGGCAUCCUCGGCGCAAACCUGCUCUCCCUCGGCGGCCCUGUCGACCCCAUGGCUCCCAACGGGGGCAUGAUGAUGCCUCCCGACAUGCCCCUCGGCCUCGACGCCAGCAUGGUCAUGCCACCGCUAGAUCCCACCACCCUAGCCCAGUCGCACGGCAUGCCCAUGGGCAUUCUUCCCGCCGUUACAGGCGCGGAUCUGGCCGGUCACGUUGCCAUUCCUCAGCCUGAUGCCGGCCAAGUACCCGUAUCAGCAGUUGGAACUGAACCCGUGUCUGCACCUCCAGCUGAGCCGCAAGCUACCACAAGCGCCAACGAUUCAACAGACGCACCAGCCCAGGCCGCACCCUGA